AUGGCUGGUGUUCGUAAUGCGAUAAAUGAGCUUAAAGUUCAGCAGGAAAGUCUUCAAUCUCAAAUAGAAGAAAUGGAUGCUCUUAUCAAACAAGCUCAAGAGCAAAAUUACGAACUAGAACAGAGCAAGCUUUCGCUUCAGCACCAAGAAAUUCUACUUCAACAGAAAAUCAGUAAGACCUCGUCUCAAGAGAAGGCCGCACUUGACAAAAUCCGAAAAUUACAGACAGAUUUUCCUGAUGCCAUCGAGUCACCCGAAAGUCUCACAGCAAAACGUAAUGAUGCCGAUGAGAAACACGAUAGGUUGCUUGACGAACUUAAGGAAGCCCAAGAAAAGGCCAACAAGAACGAUAUGAUGUAUGAGGAAUUGAAAAAGCGUCUCAUCCACAUUGAGCAAAAUCGCGACAGAAUGCUCAAGCGUGCGGAGCUUAAGGAGGCUGAGGCUAAACGGCUAGAAGAGGGCUUUAAAGACGUCAACACGCAAGUGGAAAUAUUUAAGUCGAAAGAUUUUGAGGAUGAUGGCGAUUUGGCCGAAAAGGUUGCGGAUCUCCAGAGAAAACUUGACGAGGCUGUUCGCGCUGCAGAAAUUUCGGAGCGUAAUGGUGCGGCCUAUGCUCAGUCAAUAGAAAACACCAAACAGCAAAUUGCCAAGCAGCGUGCUGAGAAUGACAAGAUUCGGAAGGAAAUGGACACAAUGAACGAAGCCCUCAAGGGAUUGGUGCCUUGA